UUCCCAGCCGAUCGAUCGCUUCAACUAUUCGAUAUAUAUAUAGCUGCUAUAUAUAUAUAAGCAGGAUCGGUUAUUAAUUUAUCGAGAUUGAUUGAUUGAUGUAUGGUUAUGGCCGGCGGUGUGGUGAUGGUGAUGGUGGUGGCGACGGCGAUGGCGAUGGCGGUGCAGGGGAGCCGUGACCCGGAUUUCUUCGUGGAGGGCGACGUGUACUGCGACACGUGCCGCGCGGGGUUCCAGACGAACGCGACGACGGCGAUCCAGGGCGCGCGGGUGCGGCUGGAGUGCCGGCACUUCAUGAGCGCGAGCGGGGCGGUGGAGAGAUCGGCGGAGGGGACGACGGACGCGGCGGGGCACUACCGCAUCGAGCUGGUGGACAACCGCGGCGCCGAGGAGGUGUGUGCGGUGGCGCUGCUCAGCAGCCCGGACCCCGAAUGCCACGAGACGGAGGUGGGUCGCGACCGCGCGCCGGUCACCCUCGUUCAGGACGCCGGCCUCGCCACCAUGGUCCGCCGCGCCAAUCCUCUCGGCUUCCUCAAGACCCGCCCACUCCCCAUCUGCGGUGACCUUCUCAAGAGCUACGCGCUCGGCACCGCACCAAGCUACUAGCUACCUCCUACACUGCUCCCUUUAUUAUUAUUUCCUCUUCUUGCUUUUAUAUUUAUAUUAUACUGAAAAAAUACCCGUGCAUUAUAAUGGGUGAAAAUAUUCUAAUCAUAAUAUACUUUUUCAUGUAUAAUCAUAUUAAUGACAAUUUUUGUAUUUUAAUGAGCGGUUUGUUUUUAUAAACGGUGUUUUUUUUU